CAAACCCUCAGCUUCUUCGUUCCAAACUUAUACAGUUAUACCCCUAAUUCUCAGAACUGAAGCCGUCAAAUUCAAACCGCGCCCAGCUCCUUCAAGGGUUUUGUUAGAGCUCUUCUGUCUGUGCCUGUACGACGCGUCGUUUUUGAAUGGCUCGGAUAAGGAAGCACGGGGUUGAUUUCUCCGGGGAGGGAGGAGUUGAUGAUAGUGAUUUAGUGGGUGAGGAGACUAAUGAGGGUUCUGAAGAGAGAGAAAAAUUAGGGCCUGUAGACAUGGAGAUUGAUGGGAAAGGUAGGGAGGGUUUGGAUGGGGCCCAGGUUGGGGGUAGUGAUGUGAAUGCUGAGAGUGGGAAAGGGUUGGUCUCGGAGUCGAAAGAUGAUUCUAAGGAGGUUGAAGGUUUAGUUGUUGUUGUUGAUAAGGAUGGUGGGAAAGAUGAGGUGUUGAGGGAAUGCCUGGAGACCGGAGUUGUGGGUGCUGUGGAGGGGAGUGAUUCGAUGCAUGUCGAGGCGAAGGAGGAGGUGACAGUUGAGGGAGAGGAUGAGUUGAUGAGGGAUGUGAAGGAAGAGGAAGUUGUGCGAGUAGGUGAGGAAGAGAAGGAAAGAGAACAGAACGUGGAGUGUUCUAAGGUGGAGCAUGUGGCGACUGGUUUACUUGAGGAAAUACAGCAGGACAUUCCAGCUGUGGAAGUGAAAGUUGCCAGUGUCGAUGAGUCUGUGCGUGAUGGAGACCUUAAUGUAAGCCCUGGUUCUCAGACGUUGGAAGUUAAUGUGGGUGUAAAGACUAGUGAAGACGUAAAAUUGCCUGAAAAUGUUCCUCCAGCAGGGGAUUCUUCUGUUAUGGCUGUUGAUUUGGAGCCGUAUUCUGAAACAGAUGAGAGUGAUUCUGAUGAUAUUGAUGUUUCUGGUUCAUCAAAACCAAAAUUUCAAGCUUGGGAUCUAGUAUGGGGCAAAGUUAGGAGCCAUCCCUGGUGGCCUGGGCAGAUAUGUGAUCCUUCCACUUCGUCGAGACAGGCAAAGAAGUAUUUUAAGAAGCACAGGUACCUGAUAGCUUAUUUUUGGGAUUGUACAUUUGCUUGGAAUGAAGCUUCACAAAUUAAGCCCUUCUGGGAGAACUUCUCGCAAAUGGAGAAGCAGAGCAAUAUGGAGGAAUUUCAAGAUGCAGUUGGUUGUGCCUUGGAUGAAGUCUCAAGGCGGGUAGAAUUUGGCUUGACCUGUUCUUGCAUUUCUGAAGAAGUUUAUGCAAAGCUCAAAACUCAGACAAUCAUGAAUGGUGGAAUUAAGGAAGAAGCAAGUAGAAGAGAUGGUGGUGAUAGUUCUCUGGGUGCUGCUUCUUUUGAACCCUUAAAACUCAUUAAGUUUGCAAAGCAAGCCGCCAAGUUGCCACUCGGCAGAGCUGACAGACUAGAACUUGUUGCAUCACGGGCUCAAUUAUCAUCUUUCAAUCGAUGGAAGGGUUAUUCGCAGCUGCCGGAGUUCAAUUUUCUUGGUGGGUUGCUGGAGCAUGAUGCUGAUAUUUCACUAUUGAGACAAAAGGAGCAAGUUAAUGUACUACGGGAAGAUGCACUUCCAAUAGUUAAGGAUAAAGAAUUGGAGCAGAAAUCAAAAGGGAAAAGUUCCGCAGUGUAUAAGCGUAAACACAUAUCUGGAGAUAACUCCCAACCAAGUAAAAAAGGGAAAAAGUUAUCAAAUGUAACUGCUGAGAAGUGUUUGUCUACUCCCGAAAGAGAGUAUGUAUCAGAAAGGAAAUCUGGCUGUAAAAUGGUUCCACAAUCUGUAAUUAAGAAGCGAAAUGCAGUUGAUGGCGCAAAGCCUGAUGACUCUGCGGUGAAGCAUAGUAAAAUAACUAAAAUUUCUUCAUCAGCAGUGGAGGAUUGUGUUUCUCCUCAGAAAAAGCAGACUUUUAAAGUUGGAGAUAGAAUCUGUAGGGUUGCAACCCUACUUAAUGGGUCAAGUCCAAUAUUUAAGCAGACCAAUGCAGCACCUGCAGAUGCCGAAGUUGAGGAUGAAGGCAAAGAAAAAUCUACAUCACAGGAACCACAAACUGAAAAGUUGAUUGAUAUGGAGGAUCCUUCUCCUGAUGAGAAGCUGUCUCACCUCUGCUUAGCCGCCAUGAAUCCCAAUAAAGGGUACAGCAUGAUGAAUUCCUUGCUGCCCUGCUUCUCAAAAUAUAGGAAUACUGUAUGCCUGGAGCCUCCCAGUCCAGAUGAGGAUCAAUUGCCUUUGAGAAAAAUAUUUGGUGGCAAGCUUGGUAAGAAAUCAAGCAAGACUGGAAAGAAAUCAAUCAAAGCAUGCACCUCUACAAAAUCUGACCUGGGAUUGGUCAAAGACUCAUCUUCUGACAAGAUAGUCAAGACUCCAAAUGACAAUGGCGAGUUGUUGCUUGGAACUGCAAACGAUAAAGAUUCCUGUAUUGUGGAGUUGCAAUCAAGUCUAAAUUCAGAAGCUCUGAAGCCAGGUAUUGACAUAGAAAAUGGAGAGUUGGUGGGCGGGGCUGCUACAAGUGAUAAGGAUACUUCUACUGUUGUUCCGCAAGCAAGUCUUGGAUUAAAAGCCAUUUUGGAUUCUGAACAGAACAUUGCUUGUGGAGAUCUCGAUCCAAAAGCAGUGAAGCCAGUUCUAGGCAAGGAAAAUGGAGCAUUAGAUUGUGAGCUCAGCUCUGUUGUUGAAUCACCAGCAGAUCCCAAAGUAAACCCCAAUUUGAAUCCUGAACAGGAAACUGCUGCUGGUGGUACUGGUUCAGAAGCAAUGAAGUCAGCUCUUGACAACGAAAAUGAAGAGCUCAUAGCAGGAGUUCCAAAUGAUGAGGAUAUUGCUGCUGCUGAAUGCCAAGAAACUCCCAAGUUGAAACCCAAUUUGGAUUCUGAACAGGAAAAUGGAGGUGGAGGUACUGAUUUGGAAGCAGUGAGGCCAGAUGUUGAUACUGAAAGUGGAGAAUUGGUGGCUGGAGCUUUAAGUAAUGAGGAUGCUUGUGCUGUGGAGUCACAAGCAAGUCUCGAGUUUAACCCCAAUAUGGAUUCUGCACAGACAUUUGCUGAUGGAGAUCAUGGUUUGGAAUCAGUGAAGCCAGCUCUCCUAAGUGAGACUUCUGAGGAAGAUUCUCCCGCAGCUCUGAUUUUGAACUUUUCAGACUUGGAGUCUCUCCCCUCUGAAGUGAAUCUGAACAGAAUUUUUAGCUGCUUUGGUCCUUUAAAUGAAUCUCAAACCGAAUUGCUGAAGAAGACUAACCGGGCCAAAGUGGUUUUCAAGCGGCGAUCUGACGCUCAAAAAGCUUUCAGUAGUGCUGGGAAAUACAGUACCUUUGGACCUUCACUUCAAAGUUAUCGGCUCAAGUAUCCGCUAUCACCAAGUAAAGCUUCUUCUUCUUCUCCAAAGGUGGCAAAGCAAGGAAAAAUGGAUGCAUCUGUAGAAGGUGAUACAGCUAGGGAACUUUGAUCAGUUUGAUGGACAUGUGGUACAAUCAGUUUCUAUUAGUUUUUUCUUUAACCAGGCUUACAAGUAAGAAACUAUAGGAGAGUGGGUAGUUGCAUCGAUAUAUUUUUUUUUAAAUUGCUAGGGCCAAGAUUUGACAAGCAUAUGUACAUCCAUGUAGUUUGUUUCUUAAUCAGCUGUGAGAUGUGAGAAAUACCUUGAAGCCCCUAAUGAUUUUGUUAGUGCAGUAGUACAGUUCAUUUCUUAAUUGGCUGUAAGAGAAGUAUUCAGAACUCCAUUAUCAAUUACAGUUACUCUAAUGCAAUAGAACAUCGUCUUUG